AUGCCAUCAGCAACCAAGGACAACCAUCCCUCCCACAAUGAAACCAAAUCGCAGAAAUUCGCUGUACUAGAGUACAACGACGAAGAGCAUGCCGAAAACCCGGAGGACCUCCAGAUUGGUGAACAUGGCUACAAAUACCGCAUUCUGGACGGUCGAGUGGUGCCUCCCUUUAUCGGGCCCAAGCGCUACGAGAUGACCCGACGGUUCAAAACAGAGCCAACGGAUAUCUGCUUUGUGUCGUGGCCACGAUCCGGCUCCACAUGGCUGUCAUAUAUCCUUGUUCUUCUGACGGGCAGCGACAGUGACAAGGACAAAUUGCGAAACUCCUUCCACUGGCUAGAAAGUGGAUGGUUGUAUCAGCGGACGGAAGAGGAAGUGCAGAACGCGCCUCGGCCGCGGAUUUUUGCCUCGCACAUGCCCUACGACAUGGCGCUGGGAGGAGUCCCCGAGCAAAAUCCAUGCAAAUACAUUUACAUUGCGCGCAAUCCCAAGGACACGUGCGUGUCGUGCUUCCAUUUCGACCGACAAAAAAGCUGGAGUGGGUAUUAUUCCGGCGAGUGGGACCACUGGCUGGAAAUGUUUAUGAACGGCCAGUGUCACCGUGGCGACUGGUUCGACCAUGUUCUUAGCUGGUGGGAACAUCGCCAUGCCGACAAUAUCCUGUUUCUCACAUAUGAGGACUUGAAGAGGGACCCGGAGGCGGAGGUGUGUAAGAUUGCGGCGUUUUUGGGGGUUGAAAUAACGCCGGAAAGGCUGGACAGUAUUAAGGGGAAAAUCAGUUUUUCGGCCAUGAAGGCCAGUGGGUUCACUGAUUUGGGUGAAAUUAAGGAGUUGAGCCACGGCGAGCAUUUCCGUCGAGGGAAAAGUGGUUCGUGGAAGGACCAGUUUACGGUGGCGCAAAGUGAAGCCUUCGAUUUGCUGUUCGAGAAGAAAAUGGGCUCAUCUGGACUGAGCUUCUGA